CUUAGCCACUUAUAGAAGAGUACUCAAAAAUAUGAUUUAGAGAGAGAAAUAGAGAACAACACCUACAACUUCAACUACAACUUGGGUUCUGAGAGAGCGUGUGUGUAGGAACAAAAUAAGGAGCUUUUUACUCUCAUCUCAGACAACUAAGUAACCUUAUUUUCAUCAAAAUCGGAGAUCUUUCAGAAUCUCUCUCUCUCUGCUUAAUACUUGCCUAGCCUUUUGGUGUUUGUUUCACAAAUUCUCCAUCCAUUCAUCCAGCGAGAGAGUUAAAAUUUAAGAGUGUAGAUGGAAGAGGAUCAAGAGGACAAUUCCCGAAGCUAUAGCAAUGGUGGUGGCAGUGGCGGCGGUGGCGGCAACAAUGGAAGAUCAUUGAAAAAGGCAAAGCAGAGAAAGGUUCCACAGAGAGGACUUGGCGUGGCACAGCUAGAAAAGAUAAGACUCGAAGAACAGGAAAAGAGAGAUGUCAAUGGCACUCCAAUUUCAUCAUCAUCAUCCUCCACCAAAUCCUCUUAUCUGAAUAAUUUUCAUCAUUCUUCUUCCACCACCACCACCCCUUUACCUACUAGACCACCGCCACCACCGGAGUUUAGGCCUUCUCUGCCACUUCAAUACAUGGAUGUUAAACUUCCAAGCACUGUUCCAUUGGGUGGAUUUGAGGCUGGUUGGCCCUCUGUUUCACUUUCUGGUCAUGGGAAUUUGCCAAAGUUGUGGAAUUCCCACGAAUUUGAUUUUGAGAAUGACACAUUUGGGGUUGAACCAGGAUUGCCUUUUCUUCCCAAUUUGGCUUUUGAUCAAUCCAGUCCUACUUGGUCUCUGCCCAAUUGGGGGCAGAGGCCAUCACAGUAUCAUCAUCAACCACCAAUGGUGAAUAUCCCAUCAGGUACUUCAUCAACACAUGUGCCUCAUUUCUCAAUAGAGCCCCCUUCAAACCAAAAUUAUAGUGCCAAUGGUGUGCUAGCAAGGCCAGAGGAGAAGAUAGUUGGCAUGAAACGGCCCUACCCUUUCUCCCUGGAUAUUCCAGAUGUGCCUGCAUUCAAUUGUAAAUUGCCUACCUUUGCUGAAUUAAGUGCUAAUGCAAGACCUACAUUCGAGAGUGGAAGUGGAUUUAACUUUGAUGUUGGCAAUUCAUUUUCCAGAGAAGUCCCAUCCUGUUCUGCUUCCAACUCUGAAGAACCAAACUUGAAGAAAACAAAUAAAGGGCAUAAUAAGCAUUUAGAUGGACAUUUUCUCACCUUGGCUACUCCUAUCCCUACUUCAAGUCCACCUUCACUGUUCAACUCUUCAACUUCCUUUCCAUUUCACUAUCAAGAAUGUCCUGAAUUUGAAUCUCCACCUCUUCAGGGAAACAUAGAAGAUCAAAUGGCUAUCCCACCAGGCUACAGGCUAUAUAAUCAACAAAAGCAACCUUUGUACAGCUUCUUCCUUCCAUCAGUGCAAAUUGGACAAACAACAGCAAGAAUUCAGAAUUCUCAGGAAGUUGGAGAAAAUAUUGAUCUUAAUUUGAAGCUAUGAAUAUAGACAUAUCAGUUUAAAGCCAGUUGUUCAUCACUAUGGAACUUGCAUAGUUAUAUUUGAGUUUAAAUUUUACAAGUUGUAGAUAUUCCUAAAUAUGCACAUGGAG